CACAAGUUUCUUCGUACUAUAAUUUCUGAUUAUUAUUGUUCUUUUAAGGUUUAUUAUCUCAUCCUCAUACAGCAUAGUUAACGUAAAGUUGGAGGUUCCGUUUACUGCAACUCAUUUCCAAACUAAGCAACACCAAAUUUGAAAGAUCAAUCAUGGGGCAGUCGUUGAUGAAAUUAGCUCCUGCUGGAAGCGAGGUAAAGUCCCAGAUAAUGGGUGAAAUAGCUCAAAGAUAUUAUGACGAGCAUUUCUUAGACGUUACAAAGGAGUACUUGACCUCGGCUGAAUUUAGUGAUUUCUACAGAGUAGUUUGUCAAGCAGUAGAAGGGAUCAACACAAGUGUUGGCAACACCCAAUUUCGAGUACCAAAGGAAGAAGCUCUUCAACAAGCAUUUGACAAACACCACAAAGGCAAAGGGAAAUCAUUGACGAAAGAAGAGUUUCAAAAGAUUCUUCAAGAUGCAAUAAUGGAAACAGGAUUCACGGGCAUUGGAGCAAAGGAUAUUCUAUUUUACAUCUUUGGUGUUCCUGCAACAGCCUUACUCAUCAAACAAGGAAUUAUUCCUAAAGCAAUUCCUAAUGAGAUUUUCAUUCCUGUUGUCACCUCUGCUACUGUCUUUGUUCUUGCCAAAUUGAACAAGAUAUGAUCUUAAUUUCGACUAAUUUAUACGAAGUACCCCAUAGUUGAUUGUU